GUGAGGUUAUGUGUCAGAAAAUGGAUACGUUCAUUAAUGCGUGAUUCAUAACCUCACUUUAUUUUAAUUAUUUAUUUAUUAAAAUGGAUCAAAAUAUAAACGAUUACGCAAAAUCGUUAAUUGAAGCACAUCAAAAACCGAUUGUGAGAUUAAAUAUUGGAGGGGUAAAAAGGUUUUUACCUCAAAAUGAUAAUAAUGAGCCAAUAAAUAAUAAUUUGGAGGUUUUAAAAAGAACGUUAAGCUUCCCUAGAGUCGAUAGAAGAAAUCUGAGAUCGCAAGGAUUAUAUCUGCCACAAGAACGCCUCAUUUUAAUCAAAAAAUUGCACAAUAUACAGAACGUGGGGUUUCGAAACAAAUCUGGGAUGUAUUUCAACUUGGAAGAAGCUUUGUACUUUUUAGAAACUAAUCGAUUAGAAGUUUUUUGGAACAACACUCCGAUUAGUAUCCAACAAGCUUAUUAUUUAUUCAUAGAUGAUUUAUUAACAUUAGAUAGAUACAAAGUUUACAAAAAAUGUAUGACUCACAGCUUUCAAGUGGCACGAUUUAAAGAACAUGAAGAACCCCCUUUAAAAAAACCUAAAUUAAUCGAUCAAAAUGAAGAAAAAAACGAAAAAAUGAUAGAUAUUUUUAAACAAUUAAAAGAAAAAGCUCCAAAACAAGUUGAAAAUGUCAAUGUUCAACAAAUCCCAGUUUAUUCUUGUAUUAAUCCGAGACAAACUGAUUUAAACAACAAAUAUAACGUGCAUAUAGUUAACCAAGAAAUGGACCCCAAAAUAGGUUUUUACGCGGAAAAUGUCCCAAAUUUAUUUGCAAUAACAACAAACGACGAUAUUCCUUUAUAUAGAAUAAGUAAAGUGUCUUUACCAUGUUUAUUUUAAUAAAA